AUGGCGGAGAAAUCACGUCGUGUGGCGCAAACCGAAGAUUUAUCAAACGUCGAGUUUGAAACCAGCGAAGAUGUCGAGGUUAUUCCUACCUUCGACAACAUGGGUCUCCGCGACGAAUUGUUGCGUGGAAUCUAUGCUUACGGUUUUGAGAAACCGUCAGCCAUACAGCAACGAUCUAUUAAACCUAUCAUGAAGGGCAGAGAUGUGAUAGCUCAGGCACAAUCUGGUACGGGAAAAACUGCUACCUUCUCGAUUGCGAUAUUGCAGUCGUUGGACACGCAAGUACGAGAAACUCAAGUUCUGGUUUUGUCUCCGACUCGAGAACUUGCCACUCAAAUCCAGAAGGUUAUUCUCGCAUUGGGAGACUUCAUGAAUGUACAAUGUCAUGCUUGCAUUGGUGGUACAAAUCUUGGAGAAGAUAUCAGAAAGCUUGAUUACGGUCAGCAUGUAGUGUCUGGCACACCUGGUAGAGUAUUUGAUAUGAUUAAGAGGCGAGUACUCAGGACUAGGGCUAUUAAAAUGCUGGUAUUGGACGAAUCUGACGAGAUGUUGAACAAAGGUUUCAAGGAACAAAUUUAUGAUGUGUAUCGAUAUCUACCACCAGCGACGCAAGUUGUUUUAGUUUCGGCCACUUUGCCGCACGAAAUUCUCGAGAUGACUAGUAAAUUUAUGACGGACCCCAUCCGUAUCCUCGUCAAACGUGAUGAAUUGACAUUGGAAGGAAUCAAGCAAUUCUUCGUCGCUGUAGAACGAGAAGAGUGGAAAUUUGACACACUCUGUGAUUUAUAUGACACGUUAACGAUAACGCAAGCGGUUAUAUUUUGUAAUACUAAACGUAAAGUAGACUGGUUGACGGAAAAAAUGCGAGAAGCCAAUUUUACAGUAUGUUCUAUGCACGGAGAUAUGCCACAGAAAGAACGAGACAACAUAAUGAAAGAGUUUCGAUCUGGCCAGAGUCGCGUGUUAAUCACAACGGAUGUAUGGGCGAGAGGAAUCGACGUUCAGCAGGUGUCGCUCGUAAUUAAUUACGAUUUGCCUAACAAUCGUGAAUUGUAUAUCCAUAGAAUAGGUCGAUCGGGACGUUUCGGCCGUAAGGGUGUGUCGAUAAACUUCGUGAAAACUGACGAUAUAAGAAUUCUCCGAGAUAUCGAGCAAUAUUAUUCUACGCAAAUAGACGAAAUGCCGAUGAAUGUGGCUGAUCUGAUAUAAAGAGCGAGAUUUAUGCGUAGAUUAAAUGUUUCACGUACAAAGAUUUCUUUAACUUCGAUUACUUGUCAAUAUGCAGGAGACAGUAUGAUAAUACCAAUAAUAUUACAUACCAACAGUUUCCAAAACCAGUUUACUUGAAAAUCCUUUAAUGUCGUAUUACCCGUAAGUUAUUUUUUAGCAUAUAAUUUAGACUAUUCUUGUAAGAAUAAUAUAAUAAACAGAGUAUUCCAUCACUUUUGAAUCAUGUAAGUGAUAAAGCUGUUUGAAUGUAAUAUGUAAGAAAACUGGACUAAUACUUGUUUCUACAUCUAUUAGGAUGCAUCAUUGAUAAUGCAAUUUUUUUUUUUUUAAUGAGAAUGGAAUAAAUUUCUUUUUUUGUACAUGGACUACAAAGAUAUUACUUGUGUACAAUACUAUGAGAAGCGAUGAGUAACUUUUGUUAAUAAAGUAUUUUAUGACUUUAA